ACUUAUUACGCAUACACAAUCGUGGCGUCUCGCUUACCGGCUGGGUGAGGCGGUAUGCUGGUCCAGUUUAUUAUAUUUUGUUUCCAUUUUACUAUUUCGACUGGCUUUCGUUUCGUUGAUGUUGAAGAGAAUGCGAAUGUUGGGAUACCCUUCACUCUGACCUGGCAUAGGGAUCCAGGCGACCCACUGGAAUUUCAGUUUGAGCAAAGAAAUGUCUCCCAACCGGCUGGUCAAGGAGAGCUAAUACCUUUCACACCGCCUGAUAAUGGUACCACCGACGGUAUAGUGACCGUCAAUUUUCCAGCUCCUGGAACAUAUGUCGUUGAAAUAAUAGUCGACAACCACUCAAUAAGAGCGACGAGCUCGCCAAUUUUUGCUAGUAAUCAAGAUGCCCAAAAUAAUCACAGUCUUACGCCGUCAUCUACCUCUUCAGCCCCGGUCAUAAUAAGUACUCAAAGCUUCAACCCCUCUUCUGAGCCGAUAUCAUUGAACUUUGCUCGUAGUUCCUCAUCUGGAGUAUCAACCACUGAGAGCUCCUCCCAAAUCAGUGAAAGCGGCUCGACUGCUGGUAGUGCUUCAACAACUACCAACAUCCUUACACCUUCAUCUGACCUCUCUUACACUAGUGAUGCUGCCUCGCAUAUCACCGAAAGCGGUUCGAUCGCUGGUAGUCCUUCAAUAACUGCCUCCACCCCUGCAUCUACAUCUAACAACUCCUCGCAUAAACCACGCAACACAUCGACAAUAAUUGGAGCCGUGAUUGGCCCUAUACUGUUCUUCAUCCUCCUUUCUGUAGGAGUAGUUGUUUAUCGCCGCCUACGCAGGAAUAGAAACCACCGAUCAUCACCCAGAUCCAUCGUUGCGUUUCGAGACCAACAAAUACAGCCUUCCUCCCAGGAUCCGGAGCAUGGCGUGAUGCACAAGCUGCGAGGACCAGAUGCACCUGUACCAGCUUCAGUGGAAGUAGGGCCCGAAGCACCGAUUUUGUCAUCAAUAGAUUCUGGGAUGGCAGAAUUAGGAACCGAAGAUGCAGAGUCAACGGACCAUCUUCCAGGCAAGGGGGAAAGGCGGGCGUUGGCUGCAAGUCCAAUUUCUGUAUCCCAAGAUGAUCAUUCCCCCGCACAUCUGCCUCUCAGAGGUUUAGCCGAAUCCGACAGUCGUCAAAUUCCGGAUGAAGAGCCGAUAUCGCACGCAAGUACUUCAGCACUACGACCUCGUGAAACGAAGGAUGAAAUGGCCGAAGAGAUCCUGUCGUUUUAAAAAGUAGUUUAGAGAAGGUGGCAGCAUUUUUGGAUGAAAUUUUGUUUCAUUUUCUUGCUAUUCAUUUUCGUGCUAUAGUAGUAUCUGCAAUGUGUGAUUCUAAACCUAAAGGUGCCAGUAUCUCAGGAUUCAAUUCUCCGCUAUGCCUGUUGGGAUUCAGGGGCUUUGACGCCAAUUCGACACGACAACCAAUUAGUCACGUGGCCGCUCUCACGAAGUUUGAAAUCCAUCACCAUUCCAUGGUUAGUAGUUACCUCCGCCACAAACGCUG